UCAGCUUCCUUAGCUGCGUUGAGCUUGGCCCGGGGUCUGCAGCUGCCGGAUUCGGGCCGCAGAGUUCGCGGGUUCUGCUGUCCCGAUUCGGUUGUGGCGGUCGCGAUGUUUUUUUCUGAGGCCGGGGCCCGACCACGGACGUGGGAAGCCAGCCCCUCAGAACGCAAGAAGUGGGUGGAAGUAUUUAAAGCAUGCGAUGAAGAUGACAAAGGCUAUCUAAGCAGAGAGGACUUUAAAGUUGCUGUUGUAAUGCUGUUUGGGUACAAGCCCACCAAGAUAGAAGCUGAUUCUGUGAUGUCUUCAGUAAAUCCAAAUGCUUCCGGCCUAUCACUUGAGGAAUUUUUAAGUAUCGUAAGAAAAAAAAAGGAAGUUCAACUCUAUCGGAAUGAAAUAAGACACAUCUUCACAGCUUUUGACAGGCACUAUCGUGGAUAUUUAACUUUGGAAGAUUUCAAGAAAGCAUUUAAGCAGGUGGCUCCCAAGUUAUCUGAAAGGACUAUUCUGGAGGUAUUCAGGGAAGUAGAUCAAGACUCGGACGAUCUUGUGAGCUUUAAAGACUUUGAAUAUGCCAUGAAGUAUGGAGGAAAUGAAGCCUAGCUGUUGUGAACUGCAUUUGGCAACUUCAAGGGAGACCAAUAGAUUGUUAAUGUCUAUUUCAACUUCAGUCUCCGCCCUUCUGCUCCGCUAAUGAUGUAAUAAUGCUGCGUACUUGUGAUUAAACUUGGUCAUGGUUUGCA